AUGGCAAUUAAGAUGGUAGCCCUUUUGGCCAUCGGCCUGGCAAUCUUGGCCGUGUGCGAAGCCCGUCACGUGAGUGGCCAUCGCCGUCAGAACUUUGAGCAGCGGGCCCUCAUAGCGAAGCCCCACAGUGGUCCCCAAGGACGCGUCUUCCCCGGAGCUGUGGCCAUCAAGAAGCUGGUACUGCUGAAGUUCAAGAAGAUCGUGCCCAUCUCCCUGAUCCUGCUGAAGUCGAGCAACGAGAACGAGGCCGAGCUGGUGCCCGUCUAUCCCACCGACCAGAUCCCCGAGAACGUCCAGUUCAUCCCCACCCCCAACGGCAUCUCGGGCCACAAGGAUGUCCAGGCCAUCGCCAUUCCCGCCGAGCUCCAUGACCAGCUCCAGAUCAACGGACUCUCCAACCUGGAGAACAUCGAGGCCCUGCUCCAGAGCAGCUCCAUCUCUGCCGCCGACAAUGAGAGCGAGACUCCUGUGGGCAACAGCAUUGCGGUGGCCCAGCCCGAGGAUCUGGUGCUGGAGCAGCCGGAAAACGACGAGGAUCAGCUGCUGGAUGGUGUGUCCGCCGCCCCAGUCGCCGCUCCCGCUGCCGCCGCCCCAGCCGCCCCCGCCCUGCGCCGCCUGUCCGCCGACGAGCUGCUCCGCUCCGGCGUCCGCAACUCCGCCCAGCAGCAGCAGACCAGCGUGGAGGAGAUCCCCCUGCUCCUGUACUCCGCCAACGAGGGCUCCUCCUCGGCGGGACACUCCGUGGGCAGCUCUGGACGCCGCUUCGUGGCCGCCUCCCCCGCGCUGCGUCGUCGCCAGCAGUUCUACAACUAG